UGCCAUUUUCCAAUCCCUCCUACUCUACCCUUUUAACCAUUGUACUGUUUUUGGUUCAGGAUUCUAAAAUAUUAACAGUCCCAUGCUAUAAGAUUACACACAAAAUCCAAAAAUCUCAAGAACCCACUUGGAUUCUCUUGGAAACUGAGCAGCUGGGUGUUUAUUAUAAACACCCACAGGACGAAAAGGUUCGUGUUCUUCACUUGUUGUUCUUAAAAUGAUUUGGAAUUUGGAACAGUGUUUUAGUUUCACAAUUGCAUGAUGCCAAAUUUAAAUGGUAAUUUAUUGAUCGAGUGAAUCCAAGAGAGAACCAGGAAAUGUACCCAUGAUAGAAGCGAAGGUCAACAGUUUGUCUGUAGCAGGAAGGAAGUUCUUGAGGGCCCAAUUCGGAAUUUUUGGAUUUUGGCUGGAAUUGUCACGGGAAAUUGUUCCCGACCUUCAAUUCUCUGCAACAGAGAUAAAUUUUGGUUUUCAUCUCUCUUGUUUAUUGUUUCAGUGCAUUCUGCUCUUCAUGAGACCGCCAUGUCCAAAAGCUGCAUUCCCAUUGCUUCUUCUUCUUCUUCUUCUACCACUCAAUGUCCACUACCUGUUUGUGAAAAUGAGCGAGUGGACCUGAACUCCAUUAGGGGUCUUGUUGUUUCUAUCAACCAGUAUAUUCAUGAAUUCUUGAGCAAUGCUGAGGCUAGGACUGCUGUCAAAUUGAGAUGUACCUCCAAGCUAAGAAACCAGAGACCUGGGUUUUUGGAAUUCUUGGAACAAUCUAUCAUCUCAAAUCUUUACUGGGGCAUCGAGAACAUUGAAGAUGCAGUUCAAACAAGCUCCUCAGAAGCCAGGGCCACCAGGCUUCAGACUGCUGAACAAAUGCUUCAAGUCCCAGCAUUGGUUGACGAGCAUGGAGAGACAUCAGGAAUGGAAAAUUGUUAUUUAGUUUGCUGCUCUUACUUCUAUCUUUCAGUUGUCAAGAAGCUUCAAGGGGAUGAGUGGCAGGUUGCUCUGCACUUCCUUCAAUCCCUGCUGGUUUCCCCACGAUUGGUUCUCACAGAAUUUGCUCAAGAAUUUUGCUACAGUCUUCUUCUUUCUUUUGCUACAUGUUCGAGGCAAGACAAUUUUAGAAGUAUGGGGUUCAAUUCUUCUGUAGAAUUUGGCGAGGGUGAUUAUGGUGAAUCAAGUAUAAGGCAGGUAGCUAGAAAAUACAAGGACUGGCUGAUGUAUUAUCAGGUUAUGUCUUACGGAGAGACUCACCAGUGGCAGCAACUGGGAAGCAGCAAUAUGACGUCUUCUGAAGAUGGACCACAUUCCUUGCAUGGCUCAUUUUCAAGGAUUGAAGCUUCAGAAGCAACUGAUUGCGGGUUUCCCCGGCCAACUCUUUCCCAUUAUGACAUUAUACCGCCACUUGAUCAUAUUGAUGUGUUUCAAGAUAAAAGGAAAGCAUCACAAGAUUUUCCACGAUGUGAAGAUACAGGAAAUUCCCCAAAAGAAUUAGGUUUUAUCCCAGAACCUCAAUUUAAUAAUUGGGGAUUCUGUAGAGAUUCUAGUACCAAAUGCAUCGGAGACGUGUUGAAGGAUUCCCAUCCUGGUUCACCAACUUCACUAUUCUCAUCAAUGAACAAUUCUGAAAGUGACAGUGAUUUUGAGGCAGGUAUGAACGACAUUAACCACCCUAAGAAAAGCGGACAAGAAGACAUGCCAGAAAACUUUUAUCAGAAGCUGCAGUAUGGUUGUUCCAAGUUUGACGGAGAGCCGAGUUUGAUAUCUUUGUCCAGUGCUUCUCUGAGUAGAGUCAAGGAACGAUACAGCAAAGCAAACAUGAUGAAAUCCAUUUCAAACAAAUUCAAUGGUUACAAGUCACGUAGCAUAGAACAAAAGAACUUACAACCUCAGGUCUUCCAAAAUUUUCUUGAAGAAAGUGAACCAAAAAAAAAGUCAGUAAACCCAUGCAAAUUACAGACUUUUGAUAGUUCUUUACCUUCAUCUUUCGGUCAAGGUUCAGCCUGUCCGAUUUUGAAGCAGAAUAGUGCUAAAGGGCAAUUAUAUCAUGCAAAUAGCAGAAGAGAUUCAAAGAGUGAAAUAUUGGGACUUGUUGAGAAAGCAAUUUCAAGAUUAUGCUUCUCAGAAGGAUUGGGAAACUAUGAUGACGAGUGUGCUGUGGAAGUUUCAACGGUUUACAAAAUGUUGAAUAACAAAACGGGAGUGCAAUACACCAUGUUAAAGGAUUUAAUAAUGGAUCAAUUGGUGACAGGCAUUUCAACUUCUAAAGAAGAAAAGGUUAUAAGGGCAUCAGUCUCUCUGCUCACAACUAUUAUUUCUGAAAACAAUUCGGUUAUAGAAGAUAUCAAGAAGAAGGGUUUACAGUUAUGUGAUUUGGCAACUGCUCUAAAACAGAAUGUUCAUGAGGCUGCGAUUCUUAUAUACCUCAUCAGUCCGUCCCCAAGGGAAAUCAAAUCCUUAGAGCUUCUACCUGUAUUGGUGGAGAUCAUAUGCACCUCGAAAUGUUAUAAUGCUUGGUCACCAUCACUUAUGUUAACUCCUCCUGCAGCAUCAAUGAUGAUCAUUGAAGUAAUGGUAACUGCAUUUGACGAGGACACAAAUAAGAUGCAUUUGGUUGAAAUCAGCUCACCAAGUGUACUUUGUGGACUUCUUGAAGUUGCAAGAACAAACAAUGUGGAAGGAUUGAUGUCUCUAGGCAGUAUUCUUGUAAAAUGCAUGCAACUCGAUGGAGAGUGCAGAGCCUAUACAUCAAAAUUCAUCUCAGUGGCUCCAUUUCUCUCUCUCUUAGAAAGUGACAAGAAGGAAGCAGUACAUAUCGCACUUCAAGUAUUCAAUGAAAUCCUUCAUGUUCCAAGGUCUUCUGCCAUUAGCUUGUUGCAACGGGUUAAGAAUGAAGGGAAAAAUGACGUUAUUCACAUACUAAUGCUUUGUGUCAACCACUUGCAAACUGAAUAUCAACUUUUGGCUGCAAAUUUAUUGAUCCAAUUACUUGUGCUGGACAAUUGCUCUACAACAAGCUUGUUAAAAGAAGAGGCUGUACAGGUCCUUCUCAGGUCAGUGACAUGCGAGGAAUCCUCUGCGAUGCAGCUGUUGUCUGCAUCUAUUCUGUCAACUAUUGGUGGAACGUUUGCUUGGACAGGAGAGCCAUACACAGUUGCAUGGUUGCUUAAAAAAGUUGGUUUGAGUUCUGAUCAUCAGAACAUGAUCAAAUCGAUCAAUUGGUUAGACCAAAGCUUGCAGGAUGCUGGCAUGGACUCAUGGUGCAGUUUGAUGGCUAGAAACAUCAUCUGUAUUGGGGAGCCUGUCUUUCAUGCUUUAGAAAAGGGAUUAAAGAGCGAUAUAAAGAAGGUUUCUAGGGACUGCUUAACGACAAUUGCAUGGCUUGGAUGCGAAAUUGCAAAGAGUCCAGAUAGCAUUAGGUGUUCUGCUUGUGAGAUCUUACUCAGUGGAAUCGAGCUGUUCUUGCAUCCAGGAGUAGAACUUGAAGAAAGACUUCUGGCUUGUCUCUGCAUCUUUAACUAUACCUCUGGAAAAGGGAUGCAAAAGCUUACUCGUUUCUCCGAAGGAGUUCGUGAGUCACUAAGACGUCUUUCACAUAUAACUUGGAUGGCAGAAGAGUUGCAUCAAGUAGCAGACUAUCUUAUGCCCAAUAAUUCACGAAUUUCAUGCGUGCACACACAAGUUUUAGAGCUGGGUUUCAACAGUAGUGGAGCUGUAUGUGCCCUCAUCUUCUACAAAGGACUUCUUUUCGGUGGAUACUCAGAUGGUUCGAUAAAGGUGUGGAACAUCAAGGGGCAAUCGGCAUCACUUCUAUGGGACAUUAAAAAACAUAGAAAAGCAGUGACAUGUUUUGCGCAUUUUGAAUCUGGGGAGAGUCUUCUAAGCGGAUCUGCUGAUAAAACUAUUCGGGUUUGGAAAAUGAUCCAUGGAAGAUUGGAGUGUAUCGAAGUGAUAGAAUCUAAGGAACAAAUCCAACAUUUAGGAGCAUAUGGACAGAUAAUCUUUGCAGUUACACAUGGCUAUGGGUUGAAAGUGAUUGAUGCAUCAAGAACAACAAAAGUUCUUUUCAAGAGUAAGAAUUUGAAGUGUAUUAAGGUGGUUCAAGCAAGGGUUUAUGCAGGCUGCACCGAUUCCAGCAUACAAGAGUUUUCUGUGACAAACAAAUGGGAACAAGAGAUCAAGCCACCUUCCAAAAGUUGGAUUCUGAUGCACCAGAAGGCUAUCAACUCACUUGCUGUGUAUAAGGACUGGCUUUUUAGUGCUAGCUCAAUGGUUCAAGGCUCACUACUUCAGAACUGGAGAAGACACGAAAAGCCUGAAAUGAACAUAAUAACUGGUAAAGGAGACGUUGUGCAAGCAAUGAGUGUCGUUGAAGAUUUUGUGUACAUAAUCUGUAAAUCUUCAGCUAACAGCAUUCAGAUAUGGUUGAGAAAGGCACAGCACAAAGUGGGGAGAGCUUCAGCUGGUAGCAAGAUAACAUGUUUGCUUACAGCCAAUGACAUGGUACUCUGUGGCACCGAGACGGGCAAGAUUAAGGGCUGGAUCCCCCUCUAGCAAGAAGAUGCAAGUAAUCUUGUGGACGUCUCUUCUGUAGCAACAAGGCAGUGAUACGUUUUGUUGAUCUGAUACAAACACAGCAUCAAAAGAUGGAGUAUAUUACAUGUUUAAAGAAGGAAGGAACUGUUAGAAUCUUGUUUGAAGCUUUUGGCAUGAACUUGAACUUCAAAACAUGAAAACAAGUUCAAUUCAAUCUUCUUCAUCCAUCUAGUUUGUAAAAUAGACUAAAUGUUUGUAUCAAAUCUUUUUGAUAUAUAGUUUCUUCCUGUUUUACAUCGAGUCAAUACUCUGAAGUUGUAUAUUGUCGUAUUAUUAAUAAAGUUUUUUUUUUAUUAUAUAUAUA